CACGACGCCAUAGCCAAUCUCGAAAUUCUAGCAUAAGAGCCCUAAUUCUCUCAAUCAAUCAUUACCGAGGGGAUGGAGGCGCACUGCGCUGUGAUGGUGCGAAUCCGCGGCCCAGAUCCAAAGUCGCGGAAGAUGCUGCGCCAUGCUUUCCACGCAUCAGAAUCGGGCGAGACUACUCUCUCGGCAUCCGGUUUGCUGCUGCCGAUCGCUGGAAAAUCGGCGGCGGCGGUGACUUGCGCUUCGAUCGUGGAGCCGUAUCUAUCGCCUAGCGAUCUUGCGGACCAAGACUCGAUCAAACUCGUUCGAGGCGCGACUCUAGAAGUUCUUCUGCAAGCUCCUCCUAGCUCAAAUGAAUUUGGAUCCACACCACUUUGGCUUCCAGCGCAAAUUUUAAAACUGGUGCAUGUGAAGCGGGCAUCAGAAGCGGUGAGAUCCUUACUCGACGUGCAAGGAGGCGAUGAGUUGUGGGAAAUGGGCUGGAGUGUGGCAAAUCCUCAAGAAUCUCGUCCGGAGAAUGCCACAGUGAGCGAUUUUUCUCGCAGCAAAGAGGGUGCUGUGCCUAAGACCACAGCUACUCUAGCAGCAGCUUUUACAAGGAUAGCUGUCCUCAGCGUCCAAGCAAAUACUACGGAACUGAUGCUCUCAAGUGUUUGUACCAAAGGCGAUGUUGUCCGAGCAAUUGGAUCACCUUUUGGUGCGCUAUCACCUCUGCAUUUUUUUAACAGCGUUUCGGUUGGCAAUGUCUCCAAUUGCUGGCCGUCGUCAUCUAGGCUCAUUUUAAUGGCUGAUAUCCGUGCUCUUCCUGGCAUGGAAGGUGGCCCUGUUUUUGAUGCUGCUGGUAAUCUUGUUGGGAUUCUUCUUAGGCCACUGCGUCAGCGCAGUUCUGGAGUUGAAGUUCAACUUAUCUUACCAGCCAAGGUUCUAGCGUCAGAACUGGAAGAACUUGGUUUCAACGUGAUGUACAACAUCUUUGACAACGAGAAGUUGCAAAGUAAUAAGCACAUUCAAAUGGCACUUUCAUCAAUAGUUCUUCUAACAACAAGCAACGGAAGCUGGGCAUCAGGAACUCUUCUCAACAAGUCGGGCCUUAUAUUGACAAAUGCUCAUCUUUUGGAGCCGUGGAGGUUCAGAAGGUUAACAGUUGAUCCGUUGCUUCGGGACGAUUUCAUAGAGGUGGCCAACGUAUCAAAUCGUGGGCAGUAUUCACCCGUUCAAGUACGUCUCGAGCGCCAACAGCGACGUUCUUGGCAUUUUGCGACAGUAGUAUUUGUCUCGCAUGGACCACUGGACGUUGCUCUCUUGCAACUCACCUCGGUGCCUUACGAGCUCGAACCAAUUCCAGUCGACACCACAGAGCCAGUUCCUGGAUCAGCAGUAGCUGUGAUUGGCCAUGGACUUUUUGGGCCCCGAACAGGCAAGAAUCGCUUUUCGUUGGCGUUAACUUCCUUCUUGUGAACUUGCAGAGCUAGGACCCUCUAUAACAAUCGGAGUUAUCUCACGAGUCGUGAAUAGCCGCGAGAUCGUUUCAAACCCGCAAGAGUGUGAAUCAAACACACCUGUGAUGCUUCA